CCGACGCCUGCCCAGAAGGGGGGGGGGGAGAAGGGAACGCAAAGAAAAAAAAGAAAAAGAAAAUUAAGAAAAAAGCCUCUGCAGGAGGAACGGACCUCGACGGGAGCAGACGACAGAGACCGAGUGGCGGCGCACAGGGCUCCUCGCCUCCCCCCGCCACCUCCUCCUCCUCCUCCUCCAUACAGAGCGGUGUCCGCUCCGCAUGAGCCCAAAGCGAGAAGAAGUUUGACUCUGCGCAGGCGGAUGGGUGACUCGCGCUUCCAGCCGCGGCGCUUCGUGAGGAGGAGAUGAUGAAGAAUUUCAGCCACGGACCCCUUCACCACAGCCCGGCUCCCAAUCACCUCCGCGAGAGGAACAACAGAAAGUACGGCUGGCUGUCCGCCGCCCCGCUGCGUUUCUCUCUGCGCGGUUAUGCUUUCUGCAUGGCGACGCUCUUCCUCUUCUGCUUCGGCUCCCUCUUCUACCAGCUCAACGGAGGACCCCCGAAAAUCCUGCUGGACAUCCGACAGUACCUCGGUGAGUCCACGUUUUUGGAUGACCACGGACCCCCUGCUCCCAGAGUGCUGCCUUUCCCUAGCCAGGUGGUGUAUAAUCGUGUGGGGAAGUGCGGCAGCAGGACGGUGGUCAUCUUACUACGGAUACUGGCCGAGAAACACCAGUUCAACCUGGUCUCCUCGGACAUCCACAACAAAACCCGCCUCACUAAACAUGAACAGGUGGAUCUUAUGAAGAAUAUCAGUAACAUCCCUCAGCCAUUCCUCUACACACGGCAUGUUCACUUCCUCAACUUCACCAGGUUCAGGAUAGAGCAGCCGGUAUAUAUCAACAUCAUCCGGGACCCCAUCAACCGUUUCCUCUCCAACUACUUCUUCCGUCGUUUCGGGGACUGGAGGGGUGAGCAAAACCACCUUAUCCGCACCCCAGGGAUGAAGGAUGACGAGCGAUAUCUGGACAUCAACGUGUGCAUCUUAGAAAACUACCCCGAGUGCUCCAACCCCCGAGUUUUCUACAUCAUUCCCUAUUUCUGCGGCCAGCACCCGCAAUGCAGGGAGCCAGGAGGGUGGGCUCUGGAGAGGGCCAAACAAAAUGUUUUGGAGAACUAUCUCCUGGUGGGGAUCCUGGAAGAACUGGAGGACGUUUUGCUCCUGUUGGAGAGGCUCCUGCCCCACUACUUUACUGGGGUGCUCAGCAUCUAUAAAAGCCCUGACUACAGGAAGAUGGGCAACAUGACGGGCACCGUGCGCAAACAUACGCCCACCCUGGAGGCGCUGCAGGUGCUGUACCACCGCAUGCGCUACGAGUACGAGUUUUACAACUUCAUCCGUGACCAGUUCCACCUCACGAAGAAGAAAAUUGGCCUCAAAUCCGUCUCACGUCCCCCCGCCUACUCCCCCUCGUUCCUCCGGGAGCUGGCCCUGCGAACCCCAGAGCCUCUGGAUGAAGACGAGGAGCUAGACACGGACCUGGAGGACGCCAACAGUUGGCUCGUUCAUCCCUAAACAGAUUAAACAGGUUGCCCUCGGUAACGGUGGACACAGGCGAGCAGCUGAUUGGCUAGGACUGGCCGGUGACGGACGAAGGCGGCCUGAGGGUGACGGGAGGAUGUGCCCCGUCUGUCAGCAUUCCCAAAAAAAAGUAAAAAAUAUGAAUAAGUAAAGAGUGAGGGGUGUAUUGGGGGUGUGUGGAUUCUGACGCUCGUGUUUUUACGGGCUCCGUUUUCUGUCUGCCAUAGACUCUCUGCUCGGUGCUGAGAACCACAGGACCGAGCGGAUGGAUGGAGCAACAGCUAUAUUUAAAACCGUACCAAGGACAAUGCAAAAUAAUUGGAUCUCGAUAAAAAGCUCAGUUUCUUGACUCAAGUUUGAUUUUCAUUUGAGCUUGUUUUUUUUUGUUGUUUUUUUUGUGUGUUUUUUGUUUGAUUAAAAAAAAAAACAACCACCCAUCGUCUGUGUAAUCUCCAGGAGAGAUUCAUUGACAGGCCAUGGGGCAUGUAAAUCUAUUGGGAAAUGAUGUUGUCAGUGUUGGCUUCAGGGACAUUUACAACAGGAGGGGUAUCAAACACAAAGGUCAGUAAGAGACAUUUCCCGUGGUGAAGGGUUGGCCGGGGAGGGGGGGUGGUAUGGUGGAAGGGCAAAUGUCCAAAAAGUUGGAAACUCAUUGGGUAACAGAGGAUAUCGAUGACACUUCCCUCUUUGAAUAUUUUAACUGUUUAGAUGUUUGUCCAUUUCAAAUGGUUCACUCUCUCUCCUCUUCUGUUCGUAAGGGCCCUGUGUUUACGUGUUAUAAAAAAUUGCCAAUUGUUGUAAGUGCCAAACCUCACCCAGAGAGUCAGUAAUCGUGUGUGACAGGAACCACUGUGCACAGCUGUGGAAGUUGUGAUAUAGUCAUCUCUAUUGGAAUCAGUCUAUAACAGAGUUUAAUUUGUACAAAAAAGAAGAAAAUUAUAUAUGAGGGUCAAACAGUAAGCACUGAAUUAUGAAUUCAAAGAAUUCCAACUGUGUGUGUCUGUAUGAUUGGAUCUGACCAAACCAGCAGUGUAUUUUAUCAUAGAUUUAUUAUUUACAACAGGCCAUUGGAUUUAGCUUGGUGGAUGAUGGCAAAAAGAUAAAUUUUUCUACUGUGAUGCAUUACAUAACUGUAUCAGUAUACUGCACUUUGUCAAAUAUAGCUUAUCUGAAAGUACCGCAUCCUAAUUAGGGGCCUGCUUGUCAAACGGAUUGAUAUCCAACCAUCCAGCCAACUUGUAAAUUCCCGUAGAUUGAUGCUACAAUUAAGGUUUAGGGUUCGUCGACAUUUUGCAGUCUCUAAAAUAUGUUUGGAAAAUGCUUUGUAUGUUUGCACACUUACACAUCAAUUCUGCAGCAGUAUUCCCCAACCUGUAUGCGGCGCGAUCCAUAGCGCAUGAUCUCUAUCACACCAUUAAAAAUCUGCUCCAGACGACAGACCAUAAGCUAAUAUCGACAUAAAUGUAUAUCUGUCAUCUUGCCAUUCAGAUCUCAAUUAUGUUUACUUAUUCAUUGUCCUGUCGUGUGUUUAGUGUCUCCUUUUUUUGGCGGUAUUAAUUUAUUACUUUGUAUACAUAUGCAUUCCAGAUAAGAUUCUCAGGAAGGGAAAAAAACAAACAUAUUAUUACCUUGACCAUUGGUAUCUUUGGUUUCCUAAAGCUACGAAGCCAAUUCCUGGCGUUAAAAGGGGAGAAAAUGUCCAAAAUGAUGAUAAUAAUAAUAAUAAUAAUAUAUCAGCAGCUGAAAUCUGAACUGGUUAACAACUAACGCAGUCCAUCAUAUUUCAGUCAUCAAAAUAAAUAUCUUCUAACAACUG